AUGACUGUUAAUCUGAAACACGGUGACGAGGAAACAGGGGCCUUCCUUUCCAUCUACGUUGACCACAACUGCCCGCCCGCACUUGCACUUGCACUGCUGCAGUCACCAGUGACCACCUACCACCACUUGCUAUGUACGGAGUACCUGUUACCACCACCACCACCACCACAAUGCGCCCAACCUGUAAAGCAUCUGCCCACUACCAACCAGACCGCCAUCUUUGUUCCCAAGGCCACUGUCUUUUACGGACGUACGCAUCUCUUGAUCCAUGCUGCUCGGACGAACACCGUCAACGCCCACAAACCAUGUCCAUUGCUGUAA